GCCCUCUCUUGUUUUCUAGGCAGACCAAAUUGGUGAAAAAGAAAAGAUGUCGCUUUUCAAGCGAAGUCCCUCCGACUCUUCUUCAAACUACGGAGGCAUUCCUCCAAAAAUGCCGACACCGAUUCGUCAGAGAUCUCCAAUGCCAACGAAACAAUUCCUGAGUCCACCUAGCGUUGAUCCAGAACCGUUUUAUCUGCUGAAAGACCCACCACUAUCCAAUGGUUCUGAGGUGACAGGUGAAACUCACAUGAUUGGUCACUAUGGAUUGGAGCAUAGCUACAACAAAUUUUCCACCAAGAAACUCAAAGAACAACUCAGUGCAUUCUUGCCUCUCCUUCCAGGCAAUAUUGAUACUGUAAGCUCACAAGACAACAGUAGUCUUCAGUCUGUGAUAGAGAAACCUCCAAUUACAAAGGAAAUUGCUCCCUUCACCACAGCCAUGCUACAGGGAUUUAAACUCCAUCCAGGAUCGAUUCCUGACCAGUACAAGCUGCUACAUCAUCAACCUGCAAAGAAACACAAGCACAAGAAACACAAGAGAGAUCAUCGCAUACCUGAACUUAGUGAACCAAUGAGUGCAGGAGCAGAAGCUGGUGGGGAAAAUGGCCAUGAGAAGAAACAUAAGAAAACCAAGAAACAUGGUGAUCAAGAUGGAGAGAAAAAGAAAAGAGACAAGAAGAAGAAAAAGAAGAAGGCUCGUCAAGAUCCAAUGCACCCUGGCAUGCCUGCAACACAUGACGGCAGCGGACCAGGCAGGCCGUGACAACUUCAUGGUAUAUCAUUGGUUUGAAUGCAACAUAUCAACAACUUUAUGUGAUGUGCAUAUAAUAUAUCACAGUGGACUUAAUAUGUUAAGACAUGGCUUUUAGGGACUGCACGAUUCCAUGAUACAUGCUCUGAUGACAUUGCCACGAUCGGAAGUCUAACAUGUUUAAAGGAUUUGAUUUCAUUUUACAAAGAGUCUAGCCCAAGUUAUCUUGGGCAUAGUGAUAAGUCCAACAUGAAACCUAAAUCCAAACCCAACCAUAAUCGUAAUCAUCACAAUUAUCCUUGACCAAAGAUCCUAUCACAGCCUUAUGGGUAACCCUACGACUUCAAGAUAUUUGGAUCAGUUGUUGAUGGAGCUGGAUGAUUGUAUGUAUACGUAAUGCUGUCCCCUAAUGGAAUGUAGAAAAAGGUCCUCCCCUAUCUACCUCAUCUUCUGUUUGGUCCGUUGCCCCAGUCAGUGAGCACACAUGAAUUAUUUGCUUCAUGACAGCAGAGAGCAACCAAUUCAACAGAAGUACACAUCAGUAUUGAGUGUUUAAAGUGUUUCCCAUUACUAUGAAUGAGGUAAUGAUCAUAAACAAUGUUAUUUUUCUGUAUGAAAUCAUUACCUUCAUUUAUCGUUACCCUUUUGAUUCAAUGCAGUUUGCUGCAUCUGUUAUGCAACUUUUAAUACAGGAGGUAUUUAUGGGGCUCCAUAGCUCCCCAGCCCUUGUGUACAGAUUUGCUGAUGAGGGAAGACUUAAAAAAAAAAUGUAUGUGUGACUAGAAAGUGUUCUUAGAAUCACAGUUAGAUUGUAUUUUAAAGAACUUGGGCAUACAAAUGUCAGUUUUAAAUCUUUGUGAAGCACCAUCCUGGGCCCCAUCUUACAAAGAGUUACAAAUGAUCCAAUCAAUCGUAACUCUAUGGAAAUCCAUCAAUGUCAUAAUUUUUUAUACAGAAAAUUUGCAGAAUGUCCUUUGUAAACAAAGGAGAACACAUUAAAUUGUCAAGAAAUCAAUGAAUUUAUGGUAAUACAUUCUAGAAAAGUUUUUGAACAAAUAUGCAUUUUCUAUGUUGACUUUGCUGGCUUGCUUUCCAUAGUUGCGAUUGAUCCGUUCAAUCGCAACUCUUUGUAGGACUGGCCCCAGGUCUUUGUUGAGACAUCUUAAAUUUUAAACACAAACUAGAUGUGCUCUCUAGCAAUACCUGCAGUGGGGAGUUAACUAUACUUAUCAAUUGUAAUCGUAAAUCUAUGGUAAACCCUUUUGAUAGAUUUACAAUUGAUUCUAAAUUCUUAUUUCUGUGCCGGUAACAAGGUCCUCGUGAGACAGAUUUAUCAACGUAUAUUGGCGAAUGAGAUCAUGAAGGUGGAGAAAUAAAUGUACAUGUAUUCUUUAACUUUGCUCCUCUUGGAUUAAAGACCGUAGGGUGUUUCACAAAGAAUUAAGUGUGACCUAGAGUCGUGCUUCAAUACCAACAUGCUCAUGUUAUUUAACGUGUAAUCUGAUUAAUGGAUACAUGUACGUGGUAGUGUGUCCCUUGCGCAUGAUCUGACCAAUGGAGUGAUGCUUUAUAUUAUUCAUGCAACUGAAAUUUAAGCGCGACUCUAAGUAACUUUUAAAUCUUUGUGAAACACCCCCAGAGUCCUGUUUCUUUGAAUUGUUAUUAGCAUCAUAACAUAAAUCAAUAAUACGUGGUGAAUUUCUAUGAUAAAUUUGCUAUUUGCUGAUAAAACACCUAGAUAUCUUUUUAUAAUACAGCUGCAGCGUACUGGUAUUUGUAAACUUACAAUAUUACGUGAAGCGGAUUAUUGAAUGGCGAUUUACAAAAAUUUUAUUUGUUCUGUUGUUUAUUUAUUAGGUACGUAAUUAAUACAAUUUAUUUCACCAUCUUCAUGUAGUGUUAGAAGUAAGAAAUGAAAUGUGGAGUAGGUAAAUUUAUUUAUUUGUGGAUGGUGCUUUUUUGAGAUGAAACAGUCAAUUCAUAAUACCGAACUUGAAACAAAAAGAGAGGACAAAUGAAGUGACCAAUUAUAAUCCUGAUCAAAGUAAGAAAGCAGAUUUUGGCUUUGGGCAGGGACCCUUAUGCUCUCCAGCACGUAUACUCUUGCUUUCCAACUUUAAAUCAAUUCAUGUAACUUGAUAAUUGCUAAAAUAAGGAUUUCCAAUACAAUUGCCAAUGUUUAUUGUAAGGAAUGUUAUAUGCGUGUUCCUGGGUUUUGAAAAUGUACAUACAAAUCAAAUCCUUUCCGAUUUUUUUCUUGAAAGAAGAGCACACAUGGCAUUUGUUUGUUUUAACUUAUUUUAGUAUGCUCCAAGGGGUCUAAACCUUACCCUCGAAUGUUUUCUUUUGAAAUAAUCUGAAAGUAGACAGAAAGGGGGUAUUUCAUAACUGGUUUAUUGUUGUUAUGGCAUGUCAUUUACAUACCAACUUUAAACAGCCCCAUUAUUGUCCAUGGACAGCUUAGAGUAGAUACUUAAUGCCUGACAAUGAGUGAUUGAUUGUUAUUAAUCUCAUCUAUGGAAGCCAGUAGCACCAUAAUUGAUAUAUUCUUUGAUUCAUAUUUCUAGUCACAUGAUGGAGGUGUGACAUAUUCUAACCAGUGCUAGAAAUGUCAAUUUUCCAUAAUAAAGAUUUAUUAGAACCAACCACAAUCCCUUUUUAAAAAGAAGUGAAGGUUGAUUUUUACUUUUGAAUGUACAUUAUAAUGUCUAUAAAACAUACUUUUUUUGUAUUUAACAAGGUCUAAAUGUGAAUGGACACAACAAGUUUGGUAGAGUUAUUCUUUCUUGUAUGUACAGAUGUAUGUAUAGAUGCAUGUUUUAUCAAUGAUAUGUAAAUCUUUUGUUCUUAUGAAUUUAAAUGUAUAAAACUAAAUGAAAUUUUGCAAUGACAUUCUUGCAGAGUUACAAAGCUAUUCUUGCUUAUAUUCAAGACAAAUCACAUAUUCAUGUAUUAUGUCACCUUGAACAAAUACAAACUUUGUCCAAGUAGAACUCUAUGGCCCGAAUUCACAAAGGUGAUUUUGAAAACCCCCAGUUGAAUCCAUGGUUUAUGCAGAUUUCCUGUAUAAAUUACGCUUAAUUUAACGUGUAUCAGGCGCGUGUAUAAGAAAUGUCCAAUGCUGAUGCGCUUUUUGUCACAGUGCGCUAAAUCGAUGCCUGUUAGAUGGUUAGAUACGCUAUUUUAUUCAUGAGUCCACUGUUUGGAGAGUGGACUCAUGAAUAUGGAUAACCACGGCAACAGGCAUCAGUUUGGCGCACUGUGACAAAAGCGCGCAUCAGUAUUUGACAUUUUUUAUACACGUGCCCGAUAUGCGCUAAAUUAAGCGUAAUUUAUACAUGAAAUCUGCAUAAACCAUGGACUCAACCGUGUGUUUUCAAAACCACCUUUGUGAAUUUUAAUUUGGUUUUAAUUUUUGUAGUAAAAAAAUGUUUCAACAGUGCAGGAAAAAAUGACACAAGUUUUACAUUACAAUUUUCCUGUCAUAUCCCACUUUGGUCAGUGAGCUGUUUAUGUGUUGGACUUCAUGUAUGUAUGCAAAAUUUUGUGCUUUACAGGAUUCAUAGUAUUUAUUGCAUACUACACAACAUUAUCCAUACAUAGUAUGCAUUACAUACCAUGCUGAGAAAAAAAGUAAAUUACUUGAAACUCAAAGAAAA